AAAUAUGCUUGUAUGUAACUUAUAUUGGUAGUUUGUAGCGAUAAUAUGUUUUGUAUCAUUUCAUCAAAUUGAUAAUUAAUCAAUAACAUACAGUUACUUAAAAGGAGGUCUCCAGAACAUGCGAGAAUGGGCUGUUGGUGAUUCAGAUCUCUGGAAUCUGGGGCAGCCAGGCAAAGAGCAGCAUAGUGACAUUAGAGAUAGAAACAACUAGAAACAAACUGGAAUGCUGUUAUCCCCACAGGAGUGUUUGCUCAAUAACAAGACCCACUGAUACAUGUCACAUGAGAUGCAACGUCACCAGACUGAACUCAAAGGCGUGUUUGUUCAGAACCAGAUCCUGUGUACCUUGAACUUUCAGGCGACUGUAUAAUUUGUCUCUGGGCUUGUCGUGUUACAACAGCUGAGCAGGAGGAAGCACGUGACGCCGAGGGCAAAAUGAGCUGGCAGAAACAUGUGACCUAGCCGGUCUACAGUGUUUGUUUGUGUGCUGUUUUGAAACCAGUGGUAUAGGUUAACAACAAAUUAUAGAAUGUUCUACAGGCCAGCAUGACUUCACAUUUUAACCGGGUUACGUUAUAGACGACAAACAACUGGUUUUUCAACCACACCACAUAUAAAAUUAUAGGACGAAUGGCUUGCGUAACUAACGAAGAAGAAAGGGAACGCGACGAUGGUCUUGUGAAACACACCGGAGGUUGCCACUGCGGUGCGGUGCGUUUUGAGGUGCGGAGCGCCCCAGAUUUACACGUGUUUAAUUGCAAUUGUAGCAUUUGCACAAAGAAACAAAAUCAUCACUUCAUUGUGCCAAAAUCCCAGUUCACCUUGCUGCAGGGAUCAGACAACAUAACCACAUACACCUUUAACACACACAUGGCCAAGCACACAUUCUGCAAGAUCUGCGGUGUCCAGAGUUUUUACACUCCACGUUCAAACCCUGAUGGAUUUGGUGUGGCACCCCAUUGUUUGGACCCUGGUACAGUGGGAAGUGUAACUGUGGAGGAUUUCUGUGGACAGAACUGGGAGGAAAGUAUGAAGAAACAUCACACUAUUAGAAGAUGUAAUGAGAGACUUACCUUCAGGAAGUCUACCAGCAGAAGCAAGAUGGCUGUUGCCAAAGACAUAAAGAGAAAAGAGGUGCAUUCAGUAUUUUGUUUUUUGAAGAUGUCAUCUUGGACUUACACUGACACCUGUUGGUUUGGAUGUCAGAUGUCGCAGUCAGCCAUGAUUAAUUUUAUCUAUGAGUGAAAGUAUCCAAAAACAAGUGGUUACUGAGAUUAAGGGAGUGGUAUUCAGCUGUUCAUGUGAUCCUAACCUGGCAACCCCCAUGAGGGGCUUUUAUAAGGUUACAGAUAUGACUGGACUCUGGAGUCUACAUCUCAUCAAGCCUUUUUAUUUAUUUUUUAUGAAGCACUUGAGGAACAAAAGCUGUCUGAUCCAAGAUUGAGGCUGGUUUUUCUCCCCCUCUGAACUGAUUUGCUUGUCUCUCGGAAUGUGGACAAGUAUAUGUGUAUUUGUGGUACAUUAUCAACAGUAGAUAUGUUUGUGUGUUUCUCUGUUAGUGUGUGAUGUUAUGAAUGUAAUUUGAGUGGUUCUUCAAGUGUAUUUUCUUGUGUGUAUAUUUAUAAACUUGUUUUUUUAAGAAUGUUCAUACUUUGUUCACAUGUUAAGGUUUGGCUAGAUGUGUGUUUGUUUUCUGAUGUAAUUAGAUUGUGAAUAUGACUGCAGUUUUGUUGUAUGUUUCUUGGUUCCUUUUUGUUAGUUAUGGCAAGUGUUUGUGCUCUGCAAAUGCUGGGCUAAAAGACUUCAGGAAAAGUUUCAGAAAAAUUAACUCUUGAGUUUCUUUGUCUGAUUGCAUGAAAACCCAGCUAAGAGCACAAUGUGUCUCUAUCUAACGAAAGAUCAGCCGUAAUCAACCGCAAUGUUGUUCUUCGUUACAAGAUUGUGUUACUUGUUUUGUAAUUUUUAAAUGAAAAGAUUACAAAGAAAGUAACUUUGCAAAGAUCAAACCAUAUAAGAUUCAAAGAGACAAGAGUCCAAUGCUUAUAUUUUGCAUUUAUCUAAUUUAUUAGGAUUAUUUUCAUUGUAAAUGAAGAAGUAACAACAAUGGUAAAAUUCUGAGGGAAUUGAAAAAGAAACAUGAAUUUUACAGUCUUCCUAUUAAUGUAAGAGUUAGAGUGUUGGGAAUGUGAUUUAUUGAUAGAAAUGCUGCAGUGCAUUUAGAAAAAUCUAAACAAUUUGGCUAAUAGGUUUUCUAGAAAUUUUCACUGUAUUUUGAAGUGCUCACGAUAACAAUAUUGUGCAUGUUAAUUAUCAUG